AAAUUUGAAUUGUUCCCAGAGAAGAAUUGAGAAGGAGAUAGAAGAAGGAAAAAUGCAAGGUCAGGUGGAGGAGGAUUCUAUGAAGUCCAAGGUCAUAAAGGUGGACUCACAGGAAUCAUGGGAUUUGUUGGUGAACCAAGCUAACUCUCAGGGCUGCCCUGUGGUGGUUCAUUUCACGGCGGCCUGGUGCAAGCCGUCGGUGGUGAUGAACCAACUGUUUGAAGAACAGGCUUUUGUCCAUCAGGAUAUCUUGUUUCUUUCUGUAGAUGUUGAUGAAGUUAAGGAGGUGGCAUCCAAGAUGGAGGUGAAGGCCAUGCCUACCUUUGUGCUGUUGAAGGAGGGAGCUCAAGUGGAUAAGCUUGUAGGGGCCAACCCUGAGGAGAUUAGGAAAAGGAUUGAUGGUUUUGCUCACUCAUUUCGUGCCUUAAAACUCAGUUGAAAUAUGCAAGAGUUUGAUAAUGAUGUGGAUAUGCUUGGUCCAAGUGUGCGAGAAGAUGUCAAUUUGGUGUGGAUUGUGGAUAUGCAUGUACAUUUUGUUUCUUUAUUUCUUGUGAGGAAAAAAAAAAAAAAAAAAAAGCCUAUUGGUUGAUUUGGAGUCUUGCCCAUAGAUGAUCUUGUAUGGAAAGAUAUGUAGAGAUUUGGUCUUGACUCUUAUCUGACUUCAAAUAUAAUUUUUUCAAGAACAAA